AUGAAGAAUUACAGAUGGGAUUUUUUUGUUCUUCUGGUUUUUUCAUUUAUUUCUAGGAUUGGUGCAGAUGAUCUCGGCGUAACUCAAUGGUCGUCGCCGCGAAUUUCAGGAACUACAGAUGAUGUCUUAGAGGAUAACCCAAUUAGAAGAUUGAAAGUCUUUGUUUAUGAUCUCCCAAGCAAAUACAAUAAGGAAAUAAUUGAUAAGGAACCCAGAUGCCUUACCCACAUGUUUGCUGCUGAGAUCUAUAUGCAUCAAUUCUUGUUAACCAGCCCAGUUAGAACUCUCAAUCCUGAAGAAGCUGAUUGGUUCUAUACACCAGUUUACACCACUUGUGACCUUGAACCGGGAGGUCAUCCAAUGACCUACAGAUCUCCAAGGAUAAUGAGAAGUGCUAUUAAGGUGAUCUCUACCAAUUGGCCUUACUGGAAUAGAACAGAAGGGGCUGAUCACUUCUUCCUUGUACCUCAUGACUUCGGUGCUUGCUUCCAUUAUGAGGAAGGGAUAGCUAUUGAAAGAGGAAUUCUUCCUUUGCUCCAAAGGGCUACAUUGGUUCAAACUUUUGGACAAAGAAAUCAUGUUUGCUUGAAGGAGGGUUCAAUCAUAAUUCCUCCAUAUGCUCCUCCACAAUGGCUUCAAUCUCAUUUGGUUCCUCCAAACACUCCUCGCUCCAUUUUCGUUUAUUUUCGAGGUAUAUUUUACGAUAUUGGAAAUGAUCCCCAAGGCGGUUAUUACGCAAGAGGAGCUCGGGCUUCACUAUGGGAGAAUUUUAAGAACAAUCACGUCUUUGACAUCUCAUAUGAGCAUCCGAAGACUUAUUAUGAAGACCUGCAACGUGCGAUUUUCUGUUUGUGUCCACUGGGAUGGGCUCCAUGGAGUCCUAGAUUGGUUGAAGCAUUGCUAUUUGGAUGUAUUCCUGUUAUUAUAGCAGAUGAAAUUGAGUUACCCUUUGAAGAUGCAAUCCCAUGGGAGGAAAUUGGGAUCUUCAUAGCUGAGAAAGAUGUUCAGAAAUUAGAUACCAUUCUUACAUCAAUACCAGAGGAAGUAAUUCUUAGGAAGCACAGGUUGCUUGCUAAUCCUUCAAUGAAGAGAGCAAUGAUUUUCUCACAGCCUUCUCAGCCAGGAGAUGCUUUCCAUCAGAUACUAAAUGGCCUUGUCCGUAAGUUGCCACGUGACAAGACCAUCUACUUGAAUCCCGAUCAGAAGAUCUUAGACUGGACGGCUGGUCCUACGGAGGACCAGGAGCCAUGGUAG